UCGUCGUGGACCAUGUAUCUCUUGUUUAUGCUUGGCGUCGCCUUCGCCAUUGCGCACCACGUCUACUACAACUCGCUCGACGGCAAGCCGGCCUCCGACCAGCUCCAGAUGCUGCGCUACGGCACCCUGCUCGCCUUUGCAGCCAAGGCCGGCCUCUGCGCCGCCGUCGUCAUUGCCUUUGAGCAGCGCGUCUGGACAACGGUGCGGAAGCGCCUGAUGACAGUCGCCGCCCUUGACUCGCUGUUCUCGGCGCCAAACAACCUCGCUUCUCUCUGGAAUUGGGAGCUGGCCAAGAGCGCAAGGAUAGCGGUCUCGCUGGCCGUGUUUAUCUGGCUCGCGCCGCUCAUGGUCAUUCUCACCGCCAACACGCUCCUCGUGGAGCCAGCCACCACCGUGGCGAGCGACAUGUGUCCGGGCAUACGCACUCUCAACUUCGCCUUUGAGGACACUUACGAGUGGCGCGACCCUGCCAAGAUUGGGCCGCUCUUUGAAUCCCCGUUGUCGUUUUGGAAUACGACCAAGCCGGCCGACUCGGAUCCAGAGGGCUGGUUCGACUACUACACCGGACCCAGCCCCAACUUCUACCAGACGGCCUCGAUUGGCGCCUUUAUGGGAGAGGCCCUCAUGCGCAAGAACGCGCAGGCCGAGACGUGCGGCAGCGGCUGGAACUGCUCCUUCGAGAUCGCCUUUACGGGGCCCGGGUACAAGUGUACCGAACUGGCCAGUGGCGUGGGCGUCGAGCCGGCCAACCUCACCCAAGAGUCUGGGAGCAUCGCGCCGCCCUUUGACACGGACAUGAUUCUGCCCCGCGGGCCGUACAGUUACUACGCAUUCACCAGCGGGGGCGAGUACUCGACCAAGCAAAUGGACGACGUGGGGAUCGGAGGCAUUCCCAAAACGCCGCCACCAUAUCCCAAGCACCUGGGCGCGUUCCGCACCGAGCCCGUCGUGUGGAUCGGUUACGCCGUGUUGGCAGACCCGAGCAAGCCCGUGCCGACCAACGAGUCAGAUCCGGCAUGGGCGGGCGCCUUCGUGCCCAAGCUGUUUGCCUGCGAGAACUACGAGACGGACUACGCCGUCGUAUUCAACUACACUGAAGGCGCGCAGACCACGACAGUCAAGAACGCGACCUUUAUGCGGCCCGUCGUCAACACGACCUUUGUCCCGGAUAUCGACGCCGACGAUGGCACUGCUGAUAACACCACCGCGGUGCCCGAGGACAACUACAUAUAUCCGAACGACGUGGCGCGCUACCGACGUACGGCCGCCUACCACUCGCUCAGCAUCCUGGUGCGCUACUUCCUGAACGGCACCGUCGAGAUGGACAAGGACUUGGUCAACCCCAUCGUCAACACCAACGCCAUCCAAACGAAGCUCCUCGACCCGCGCACGAAUUUCUUCCCGUACGCCAAUCUGCAGGACCUCGUGCAGCGCUUCUACGAGGACAUCAUCCUGUCGAUUCUUAGCACGCCGCAGUUCGCCGUCGUCGCCUGGGCGGCGCGCUCGCAGGAGCAGAGCGGCACGCUGCCGGCCGGCACCAACGGAGCCGCGGCAGACUACAGCUUUCCCUGCGUCAAAUCAAGGACGCAGAACCAGUACAAGUACCACGCACGCGACCUGUGGAUCGUCUACGGCAUCGCCAUCCUGCUGGCGCUCGUCGGAGUCGCUGCCGGUGCGCUCGCCGUCGCCGACAACAACGGCGCCGUGCGCGACACGCACUUCUCCAGCGUCGUUGCCGCCACGCGCGGCCCCGCCCUCGAUAGGGCCCGUUGGGACGGCGGCGGCGGCGCUACGCACUACAGCACCGUGCCGGCCGAGGUCAAGAGGCUUCGCGCCGGCUACGGGCUGGUCGGGGAUGUUGCUGCGCCGGCAGUGGGAGGGGAAUCGCCGGCAGUGGGAGGGGAAUCGCCGGCAGUGGUGGGAGGGGAAUCGCAGACGAGUGGCGUGCGCUACGGGUUCGGCCUCGAGGGCGAUGUGCGCCAGCUCAGGCGCGAGAGCAGCAUCCUGCGCUUUUCGACGGCGGAGUGAAUUAACAACCGCAUAUUUAUUUAGAGCCUUAGAGACUACGGCGGGGUAUACUUCCGUAGUUAUGGGGAAUCUUGAUAGGCAAUCGAUAAUCGUAUUACAUUUCGAUCAACGUCAUGGUGCCUCAAGCACUUAGUUGACGAGAAUCGUACUUCACUCUACCA